CCUGAGUAUUGCAGUAUAUCUCAUGUGCCAGCGUAGCAAUAUAGCCGUUGUUCUUCGACUCAGUGAGUAGCUCGCGUGCUACCUAGUAGUGUUGUGAAUCAUAACACAUGAGGCUCGCAAAUCGUAGACCGUUGAUCCAAUAAGUCUACGCAUCCGCUUACCUUCAAAGCAGGCUUUAUGACAUCACUUUGGUUUUAGCCUCGUUGUCUUCAAGUUAAUGCAUCCGCAGGACAACCGUUUAGGGCUUCCUUCCUCCCGCCGUGUCUUCCCAUAUAAAACCGUCUCCCACCCCCCUUUCUUUUCUUCCCGCCCCAUCAAAACCGCACCCGCGAAACGCCAUACGCCAUGGACGCCGAACCCCCCCACCCAGCAUCAUCGCUACCAGGGAAUCUACCACCUGAAAUCUGGCAUCACAUUGUAACCUUCCUCUUCUGGUCCGACCGCACCGCCCUCAAAGCCCUCGUCCAAACCAGCCAGGCGCUGUACCCCGUCGCCGCAUCAGCACUCUUCCGGACCCUGCAUCUCGAGGUCCACGGUGGGCGGGAGCACUGGCCAAGAUCGGACUCGUCUUGCAGUCUGCCCGUGCGGUGCAGCCCGUUCAUCCGGGCGAUCGUCGUAACCGGACCCCAGCCGUGGGAUGGGGGGUUCGACGGCGUCGACGCCCUGUCGGACGCCCACGAGACGAUGCUGUACCAUUUGUUCGCGACGGCGAGGAAGCUCCAGCGGUUCUAUUGGUGGUACGAGAAAUACAUGCCGGGGGUGAUCCUCCGUCGGCUAUACGAGGUCGCCCCGUCGGCAGAGGUGCAUAUCCUGAGUGCUCAGGUAGCGUUGACUCAGAGGAUGCAUAUGCGCCGGUCCAGCCGGGGGGCACCGCAGCUCGCAUGUCUCCGGUCUGUCGCGGCGGAGUGGUAUCGAGGCGAGUAUGACCUGUCACCACCAAGAGCAUGCGGUCGGGCGAGCGUGCACCGCCCGGCAUCGUUGAAGGAGAUCAUUGUUCGCAGUCCCCGGCUGACGCAUCUCUCGCUGACGCGACGGCCGACGUGGCGACGGGGGCAGCGCUGGGCGGACGAGGCGCCGGGGAAGGAGGAGGACGAACAAUCGGCCGAGGUCGAGGAGCGAGGGCUGAUCACGCUGGAGGACGGCGAUCGGCUGCCGGCGACCCUGGCGCAUCUCGCGUUCCGGGGGAUGCGGUUCGGCGCCGCGCAGAGUCGCCGGUGGGCGACACAGUUGCGCUGGGAGGGCGUGCGGUCCCUCUCGCUCGUCGAGGUGGACUGGGUCCACCUCCUGCCUGUCCUCGGGGGUGGGGGUGGGCAGCUGCGCGCGCUGGUCUGGCUCGAGCUGGGCAUGCCGCGGCUUGCAGAAAGAGAUCUGGCGGGGCGACGACGGCGCGCUGGACUGCUGGAGGCCUUCCUCCGGGCCCUGCCCCGGCCGCUGCGCAGCUUUAUUGGAGUGGAUCUGCCUGCGGACGUGGUGGCGGUGGCGGCCGAGACGCAUGGCGCCGGCCUGCAGCAUUUGCGCCUGAGGACAUCCUCCGGGGAUGCGACUCUCGCGCUAGAACAGCUGCAUCGACUGCCCGAGGACUUUCCCAAUCUCCGGUCUCUGGGCUUUGCCCUCUCCCCGUCGCGGUAUGACACGAUCAGCCUCCUCAUCCCGCUCCGCCGCCUCCCGCACCUCCACCAUCUGGAGCUGAGUUUCCCUGCCCUGCCUUCCGCCCAUCACUCCCACCACGGGCUCGACAACAUCGCAACCGAGAACGACUCCCUCAUCCUGGAUUCCACGAACAUACCCACCCUCUUCCAUCGUCUCGAGAUCACCGAUGGCCCACACCUGCGGUCCUGCCACAUCCUGCACGGGGACUGGAACACCCCCGACCACCCGCCCUACCACAGCAGCGAGCAUGACGCGAUCCUCGUCGCCGAACGUGACCGCACCGGGUCCAUCCAGGUGUCUCGACUUCCGCGGUGGCGAAGGCCCCCGGGGCCCCACGCCCCACACGGCACGCCCACCUCCUCCCUGAGCCUGGUGGGCCGGACGCUGGAGGUCGGGGGGUGGCCGGGGAUGGCCGGGGAGAAGGAGGCGGGGCUGACGACUACGGCGGUGGCUGUGGAUAUGGGAUGGGGGGUACGGGAUGCUCGGUGGGGGCGACGGUAG